GAUCCAGCAAAGUCAGCUAUGAAAAAUCUCACAACACUGACUGAGUUCACCCUUCUGGGACUGACAGAUGCCCCUGAAUUCCAAGCUGCAAUAUUCCUCUUCCUCUUCUUCACCUAUAUGUUCAGCAUCUUUGGCAAUCUGACCAUCAUCACCCUUACCUUGCUGGAUUCCCAUCUCCAGACUCCCAUGUAUUUCUUCCUCCGCAAUUUCUCCUUCUUAGAAAUUUCAUUCACAUCUGUUUUUACUCCCAGACUUUUGUUCAGCCUUUCAACAGGAAACAAAAGCAUCAGUUUUGCUGGAUGCUUCACUCAGUACUUUUUUGCCAUAUUUCUGGGAGCAACAGAGUUUUACCUUCUGGCUGCCAUGUCCUAUGAUCGUUACGUGGCCAUUUGCAAACCUCUGCACUACACAACCAUCAUGAGCAGCAGAGUCUGCAACCAACUUGUUCUGUGCUCUUGGCUGGCUGGGCUCUUAAUUAUUUUAUCACCAAUCAUCCUGACAAGCCAUCUGGAUUUCUGUGCAUCCAAUGUGCUAAACCACUAUUACUGUGACUAUGGGCCCCUCUUGCAAAUUUCUUGCUCUGACACAACCCUCUUAGAGGUGGUUGAUUUUAUUCUAGCACUAGUAACGCUUAUGAUCACCCUUGUGCUGGUGAUUCUUUCCUACACAAACAUCAUCCAGACCAUUCUUAGGUUUCCCUCUGCCCAACAGAAGAAAAAAGCCUUUUCCACCUGUUCUUCCCACGUGAUCGUUGUUUCCCUCUCUUAUGGUAGCUGCAUCUUCAUGUAUGUUAAACCAUCAGCAAAGGAAGGUAUUAUUUUCAACAAAGGAGUAGCUAUACUUAAUACCUCAGUUGCCCCCUUACUUAAUCCUUUCAUUUACACUCUAAGGAACAAGCAAGUUAUACAAGCCUUCAAGGACAUGGUCCGAAAAAUAAUGAGUAUUUGAGGAGACACAUAAUUCAAGCCUAGAUGAAAAUCUUCGUUGUCUCCCUUAUGACAUUUCAUGCUAACCU